CCUGGCUGCUGGGGAAACAGCUCACGGAAACGAUUGAUCCCGAUCGAAUAACGCCAAAGCUGGCCACAUAAAUGGCGGAUUAACACUUAUAUCGGAAAGGACUCGCUAAAUCCAUGUUCGUGACUCGGGUGCUUUUGGAGAGUGCGCUGGCAACACCCUCCGUAACAUGUGAGAUGUAUACAGAAAGAUAUUAACUGUGCGUUAUUUCGGCUAACUAGCUAGCAGCUACCCUCUCUCUAUCCAAUUUAUGGUAGCUGGCUUGAUCUGUUUUUUCAACCGUCGCGUCUGUACCGGAGGAAAAUGAAGAAGUUUAACAUUAGGAAGGUGCUGGACGGCUUGACAGCGGCGUCUUCGUCCUCCUCCGCCUCUGCUCAGCCGGGUACUCCCAGGGAAAACGAUGCCGUUCAGGAGACACUCCAGUCGGAGCAUUUUCAGCUUUGCAAGACUGUGCGUCAUGGCUUCCCAUAUCAACCAUCGUCAAUGGCUUUUGACCCCGUGCAGAAAAUCUUGGCCAUUGGGACUCAGACUGAAGCUUUGAGGCUCUUCGGUCGCGCCGGUGUGGAGUGCUACUGUCAGCAUGAGAGCGGCGCUGCUGUCAUCCAGCUCCAGUUCCUGAUCAACGAGGGGGCGCUGGUGAGUGCCUUAGCUGACGACAGCAUCCACCUGUGGAACCUGAGGCAAAAAAUCCCAGCUAUCCUGCAUUCUCUCAAGUUCAACAGGGAGAGGAUCACGUACUGCCACCUGCCCUUCCAGAGCAAAUGGCUUUACAUCGGCACAGAAAGAGGAAACAUCCACAUCGUCAACGUGGAGUCCUUCACUCUCUCAGGCUACGUCAUCAUGUGGAACAAAGCCAUCGAACUAUCCACCAAGACACACCCAGGGCCUGUCGUGCACAUCAGUGAUAACCCCAUGGAUGAGGGAAAGCUUCUGAUUGGAUUUGAGUGUGGGGUGGUGGUGUUGUGGGAUUUGAAGUGCAAAAAAGCUGACUACCGCUAUAAUUAUGAUGAGGCGAUCCACUCCGUCGCCUGGCACCAUGAGGGCAAACAGUUUGUUUGCAGCCACUCAGAUGGCACCCUGACCACAUGGAAUGUACGAGCUCCAGCCAAGCCUGCACAGAUCAUCACACCACAUGGAAAGCAGCCUAAGGAUGGAAAGAAGCCAGAACCAUGCAAGCCUAUCCUGAAGGUGGAGUACAAAACAACGAGGGCUGGGGACCCAUUCAUGGUGCUGUCUGGAGGUCUGUCUUACGACACGGUGGGGAGGAGAGCCUGUCUGACUGUGAUGCACGGAAAGAGCACUGCCGUCCUCGAGAUGGACUACCCCAUCGUAGAUUUCCUAACACUGUGUGAAACUCCAUAUCCAAAUGACUUUCAGGAGCCUUAUGCUGUGGUGGUCCUGCUCGAGAAGGAUUUAGUUGUAAUAGACCUUGGACAGAUUGGGUACCCAAUAUUUGAGAAUCCAUAUCCCCUGACUGUCCAUGAGUCACCAGUGACCUGCUGCGAGUACUUUGCCGACUGUCCUGCUGAACUUAUUCCCGCACUUUACUCCGUCGGCAGUCGGCAAAAGAGACAAGGUUACAGCAAGAAGGAAUGGCCCAUCAGUGGGGGAAACUGGGGCCAAGGCACACAGAGUUACCCAGAGAUCAUAAUCACAGGACAUGCUGAUGGGUCGAUCAAAUUCUGGGACGCCUCUGCAUUCAUGCUUCAAGUGCUGUACAAGCUAAAGACUGCCAAGGUGUUUGAGAGGGCUCGUGGUAAGGAGGAGAAGCCAAGUACAGAUAUAGUAGAAGAGGACCCGUUUGCCAUCCAGACUCUGUCCUGGUGCCCCGAGAGCAGGAUGCUCUGUGUGGCGGGAGUGUCCGCCCAUGUCAUCGUCUACAGGUUCAGCAAGCAAGAGGUCACCACUGAAGAUGUGCAGCUCCUGGAGGUGCGGAUGCAGUGCGAGUUUAGCGAAGUGGACUCUCCUGAUCCAGGGGGGGAGCAGACUCCGACCCUGCCAACCCCGGGAGCUUCCUCCAGCCCUCAGGAGACUGAACCGCCCACUCAGCCCUCCACAGGCAGCAACUCCUCUGACGGACCCCGGCACAAUAUACCAUGCCUGCAGGUGCGGAGCUCCCCGCUGAAGCAGUCUCCGGGCUACCAGGUGGAGCUGGUGAUCCAGCUGGUGUGGGUGAGCGGGGAGCCACCUCAGCAGAUCACCAGCCUGGCUAUCAACUCCUCCUACGGCCUUGUGGUGUUUGGAAACAGUAACGGUCUGGCUGUGGUGGACUACCUCCAGAAAACUCUCCUCCUCAACAUGGGCACAUCGGAGCUCUACAGCCCGUCUGACCCCCACCAGAGGCAGCCUCACUCCCCACGCAAAGUGCGACAGCCCUCUGGAGCACUUUGCGAUAACAAUGAUGGAUCUAACGCCUCAGAGGACCGCUGCAAAUCACCUACUUCAGGAUCUACCUCACCGUGCAAUUCAGACGAUGAACGAAAACAGAAGUUCAUAGAGAAGGUGAAGUUCAAAAGCAGACGCUUUUCCAAGACGGUUGCCAAUGACUUUGCCAAGAUGUCACGGAAAAUUAGCUCGUCUAGUGAGCAAAAGGCAGACAAUGAUGCCAAGGAUAACUCAUUCACCCGCUCACGUAGUUCAAGUGUAACCAGCAUAGAAAGAGAAUCCCGAGAGGCCAUCUCCUCCUUUCACUUCUGUGAGAGUUUUCCCAAGAAGACGGACAACCUGCUCAGCCCCUGUCUGCUGGUGGGAACCACCCAGGGCUCCGUGAUGACGGUGGCCGUCAGCCUGCCUCCAGGCGGCGACCAGAGGCUGCAGCAGCCGGUCGGCAUCUCCUCCUGCGGCACUCUAGUCAGACUCAAAGGAGGCAUUUUGACGAUGGCCCUGCUGGACUCCACUGGGGCUCUGCUGCCCCCUACCUACGAGCCAUGGUAUGACCCAAACGCCUCAGAUGAGGAGAAGGAGAAGAGCAGGAGGCGCAGGCCAGCCUCCCCUCCCUCGUCACAAGAGGGUCCAGACAACAACCAGUUUGCCGUGCUGUGCUCGGAGAAACAGGCCAAGGUGGUGGCGAUGCCCUCUCAAACCCGCAUCUACAAACACAACAUCACAGAGACCUCCUUUGUGCUAAGGGCUGAUGUCGUGCAGAUGGCCGGAGCGAACUGCAUCGCCUGUUUCUGUGCUAACGGGCACAUCAUGACUCUGAGUUUGCCCAGUCUGCGGCCUCUGCUGGAUGUGAACUACCUGCCGCUGACAGACAUGCGGAUAGCCAGAACGUUCUGCUUCUCUAACCUGGGUCAAGCCCUGUACCUCACCUCUCCCACCGAGAUCCAGAGGAUCACCUACAGCCAGGAGACCUGCGACAACCUGCAGGAGAUGCUCAGUGAGUUAUUUACCCCUGUGGAGACACCAGAGGCUCCUAACAGAGGUUUCUUCAAAGGCCUUUUUGGUGGAGGAGCUCAGUCUCUGGACAGGGAGGAUCUCUUUGGUGAAACGAGUGCUGGGAAGGCCUCCCGUAGCCUGGCCCAACACAUCCCUGGCCCGGGCGGCAUGGAGGGCAUGAAGGGUGCAGCGUCCGGGGUCGUGGGAGAUCUGGCCCGCGCCCGGAUAGCCCUGGACGAGAGAGGGCAGAAACUGGGCGAGCUGGAGGAGAGAACGGCAGCCAUGAUGGCCAGCGCAGAGUCCUUCUCCAAACAUGCCCAUGAUAUGAUGCUGAAGUACAAAGAUAAGAAGUGGUACCAGCUCUGAUGGCAGCGUGUGGAGCUUCGGACUCUGUAAUCACGCACACCAGUAUCUCUGAGGAGCUGCAGGUCUCUCUUCUUCUCUUCUCCAUUUCUCUCCACGGGCUGAGGGGGGGGGCUGGGGUUCUGCUCAACAGACUCAUGCUUUUAUUCUCAGCACAAUAUCAUACACUCUGCAUUACCUCAGUCACCGGAGGACUGCUGCGGAGUGGACACUGGUCGAGCCAGCGUAAUGAGAAUGGAAAGAAAUGGGAGAAGAGAAGCUCAUAGGACUCUCUCUUUCCGUUUCACCAGAGAGCGCUGAUGUUCGUGCGGCAUCAGUCCGCAGAACAGGAGAGAGAGGACCUUUCAUAUCCAUCAGUCAUGCACUCAUAUAUAUCUCAUAUAUAUAUCUACACACCCUGCUGUUUUGUUCUGAAAGAGGAAAGACAAUUCUGCAAAACAUGUACUUGUGGUGGCCUGAUUGCAAUUGUUCUUUUUUCCUUUCUCUGCCCUUUAUGGUGUCUGCCAAACACAGUGGACUUUAAAUGAGGAGAAAAGUCUGAUGAUCCCCUUGUACUUUAAAUCUAAUCAAGUCAAUGAAGAUGUACGUUUCUGUAGGAAUGAUUGAAUCAGUGGAGGACUUGUGUCUGUUUGUUCUUCUGGUCUAAAUUAUUUUUCUGUUUUUGUUGUUUUUGUCCAGAAAGGUCCUAUCAAGCACUUAGAACCGUGAAAAAAAAAAAAAUGGACAGGGAGAUGAUGAAUCUAUUGCCUCUCACCGAGUAAGGGCUGGUAGUACACUAGUUCAUCACCGACCAUUCCUUUUUUUAGAGCAUUACCCAAGUUGUUUUAGGUGAGAACGACAAAUGGCGUGUUUUCUGAGAGUCACUUUGGUUUUGUUUUAAAUUUGAUUAUUUAUUGGAACAGUAUAAUAGAUUAGGAAUUAAAGGAGUUUGUAUGUUGGGCAUUGAAUUUUAUUUUUCUUUCCUUUGUCAAUUAAAUGAGCAAAAAAAAAAAAAAGUGCUGAAAGUGUUUACCCCCAAUGAAGAGUUUACAUUGAUCUAUCAGAAAAACGAAGAGUUGAUACACUGGAAAACUCCUGAAGGUCUUUAUAUUCUAGCUUUCGAGGGGCUGUAGCUAAGUCCCGUAUGUGGAGGAUGACAUGUUGAAGGGCAUGACAAAGAUUGUCCUUAGUAUAAUUAGCAUAAAUGUAUAUUUUGGUUACAAUUUUAAGUUUUUUUGUGAUAAAGAUUCUAUCUAUACAUGAUUAUUCAAAUUUCUUUUUUUGUAUUCAGUCAUAGCUGAAGUUGAUUUUUUUUGUCUCGUUUCUCAAUGUGUAGGGAAAAAAAGCAUGUGUCUCUUACAGCACAAUGGAAAUAGUAAUGCUGUCUUUGUAUUUGUAGCUGCCAGUAGAAAUGACCGAGCGCCACUGGUCAUCUCUCUCAGAACCAUUCACUUAAAAACAGUUUCUCUUCUG